AUGGCGAAUUACGGGUCCCAGCAGGGUCGGAAUCCCCGACCCAACCAAUAUGGCCAUGCUUCAUCGUACCAACGGGAUGCGGCCUUCUCGGAAAUCUUUGGAGGCGCCCCACCGCCGGGGCGCUCGCAGACUAUGACCUCACAGACAUCCCCAUUUCAUCAAGAACGGGCUCACACGAUGACGGGGCAUUCGGCAGAAGCCUACAUGCAACCGCGUGCCCCUCCCGCACCGAUGAGACAAUCGCAUCAGAGCUAUGGACCGCCAGAGUCCGGAUAUGACCCCCGACGGCAGCCUAACGGAAACAUGCCAACCCAUCUCCAACCUCGCAACCCCCCUAUCCCUCCAUACUCAAAUCGAUCUCAAUAUCCAUUUCCACAGAGGAUGGAUUCCAUUGCCCGGCCUCCACCUCAGUAUCCGCCCAUGAAACCUCCCACUCGCGUUCCUCCCCCAGCCGCCUUGAACUCGGAUCCAUACAGAUCACGCUCCAUGGCUGGACCGGGGCCCCGGCCACCGCAGUUUCAUGCUCCGCCAAAUAACUACAAUCAAGCGCCUCCCAACGCUUUUAGACAGCAGGGCUACCAUCCAAUGAGUUCCCGAACGGCCCAUGGCCGAAUCGUACCGGAAAGGCAUGAUAACGAGCGUACAAUGUCGUUGCGUUCGUACGUCUCUGAUCGUGAUCAUGCACAGAUGACUAGCUCCGGCAGAGUUGUUCCAAAUCGAAGGAGGGAGGCAGAUAUGGAGCGGGAGCGCCUGGAACGCCUGGAUACUCGUAUUAUUGAGCAGCGUAUGGACCAAGGUCCCAUGAUGGAAAGGCCACCCUCUCACCAAAUACCCACGCUUCCAGAAAUCACAACACCUCAAGAUUCACAGCCAAGAGUUAGACAUCCUAGUGAAAGUUCACUCCAGUCUCGUACUCUAUCGAUGGCGUCAACUGUAACGCCUGAGCGCAACAACAGCUUACAGACACCUUCAUCCGGUAAAACCGGCUUCUCCAAUUCUGGAACUGUUGCAUCCCAUCGCUCUCGAGGUCCUCUUGUUUAUCCUGCUUUACUAUCCCGUGUUGCAUCGGUGUUCAAAGAAAGAAUUUCAAUCGGUGAAAGGAUCAAAAACGACUUGGCUUAUACCAAUGCCUUUACUGGUGCUGAAGCCGUAGACCUGUUAUCCUACAUCAUCAAAACAACUGACCGGAAUCUGGCUCUACUCCUGGGCAGAGCACUUGAUGCACAGAAACUCUUCCAUGAUGUGACCUACGACCAUCGACUGCGAGAUGCUCCUGGAGAGCUCUAUCAGUUUAGGGAAACUAUGGGAGAGGAAUCUCCAAUGUCGGAAGUUAACGGUGUCUUUACUCUAUUGACAGAAUGCUAUUCUCCGACUUGCACACGGGAUCAACUCUGCUACUCUAUCGCUUGUCCAAGACGCUUGGAACAACAAGCCAGAUUGAAUUUGAAACCCCAGCCUGGUCUAAGAUCAUCUGCGUCCAAAGGAAGUCUCCAUGAUCAAGACGACAAUGAAGACCAGAAGUUGUGGAUCAAUAUGGUGCCAAAGGAAGUUGCGGAUAGUAUUGACGAUAAGGAAAAGAAACGGCAAGAGAUUAUCUUUGAAAUAAUGUAUACUGAACGUGAUUUCGUCAAAGAUUUGGAAUAUCUCCGUGAUUUCUGGAUGCGUCCGCUGAGAUCUGCGCACAAUACCAACCUUUCUCCCGUGCCUGAACACCGACGAGAAAAAUUCAUUAGAACGGUAUUUGGUAACGUCCUCGAAGUCCUGAAUGUCAAUUGUCGGUUUUCGGAAGCAUUAAAUGCUCGCCAAAAGGAAAGCCAAGUUGUCCAUUCAGUUGGUGAUAUCUUCCUUCAAUAUGUCCCUCGGUUUGAUCCCUUCAUCAAGUAUGGUGCCAAUCAGUUGUACGGCAAAUAUGAGUUUGAAAAGGAGCGUGCAUCUAACCCCGCUUUUGCCAAAUUCGUUGAAGAAACCGAACGACUCAAGGAAUCGAGGAAGUUAGAAUUAAACGGCUACCUCACGAAACCAACGACUCGUCUUGCUCGAUAUCCACUACUAUUAGAAAAUGUGGUCAAGUAUACCAAGGAUGACAAUCCAGACAAGGAGGAUAUUCCGAAGGCCAUUGCCCUCAUCCGUGAUUUCUUAUCUCGGGUGAAUGCAGAGAGUGGAAAGUCAGAAAAUCAUUUCAAUUUGAUGCAAUUGAACAUGGCUCUGAAGUUUUCGGCUGGUGAUUAUGUCGAUUUGAAACUUACGGAGGAAAAUCGAACUAUGUUAAUUAAAAUGGCUUUCAAAAAGGGGCCCACGGAUUCGUCUGAAGUUACUGCGUACCUUUUCGAUCACGCAGUUCUGCUUGUCAGGAUAAAAGCUGUUAACAAACGCGAAGAGUACCGAGUUUACAAGAAGCCUAUACCAUUAGAGCUUCUCGUUAUUGCGCAAAUGGAAGAAGUCAUCCCCAAGCUAGGUCUCGCCAAGCGCCCGUCAACCAAUUUGCUUGCUGCUGGGCGUGCAGUAAACAACCCUCCGGCAACUAAAGAUGCUUUCCCCAUCACGUUCCGACAUCUUGGGAAAGGAGGCUACGAUCAAACGUUGUGGGCAACAUCAAUAACUCAACGGAAGAGAUUUAUCGAGUUGGUUGAAGAGCAGCAGCGAAAAUUGAGAGAACGUAGCAACAAUUUCUAUUCGAAGACGAUUUUAUGCGAAAGCUUCUUCACCGCUGCAAAUAGAGUCAAUUGUUUGGUACCUAUUGAUGGUGGCCGGAAAUUGGUAUACGGAACCGACAGUGGUAUUUACUUGUCUGAAAGAUGGCCGAAAGAUAAAUCCGCGAAGCCAAAGCGAGUUCUAGAAGCCACUGCUGUUACACAAAUUGAUACUUUGGAGGAGUAUCAGCUUAUGCUCGUCCUAGCCAACAAGACUCUUAGCUCAUAUCCUCUAGAGGCGCUGGACGUCCAUGACGGACAGAACCCAUUGGUUCGUCGACCAAAAAAGAUUCAAGGCCAUGCAAAUUUCUUCAAGUCUGGUAUUGGUUUGGGCAGACACCUUGUUUGCUCUGUCAAGACAUCUGCGCUCUCGACGACGAUUAAGGUGUUUGAGCCUAUGGAGAAUCUUGCCAAAGGAAAGAAGAAGCCUUUAAGUAAGAUGUUCCAGAGUGGGCAGGAUGCGCUCAAACCGUUCAAGGAAUUUUACAUUCCCGCGGAAUCAUCAUCUGUUCAUUUCCUGAGAUCUACCCUUUGUGUGGGCUGUUCUCGUGGCUUCGAAGUCGUGAGCUUGGAAACCACCGAGCGGCAAUCUCUACUUGACCAAGCCGAUACGUCGCUUGACUUUGUUGCGAGAAAAGAAAACGUCAAACCAAUUCAUAUCGAAAGGCUGAAUGGAGAAUUCCUGCUAAACUAUAGUGAUUUCUCCUUUUUCGUGAACAGGAACGGAUGGCGCGCGCGGCCUGACUGGCGGAUAGCCUGGGAAGGCAAUCCGACAUCCUUUGCUCUCUCGUAUCCAUACAUUCUGGCUUUUGAGUCGAGUUUUAUUGAGAUACGACAUCUAGAAACUAGCGAGCUUGUUCAUAUCAUGACAGGGCGAAAUAUUCGCAUGCUACAUUCUUCAACCAGAGAAAUCAUAUAUGCAUACGAAGAUGAAGCCGGGGAGGAUGUCGUAGCCAGUUUGGAUUUUUGGAAUAAACCCCAAUAA